CUUGCUUCGAGCUUCGCAGCGCGUUGCGGGCCGCUUCUAGGUCGCCACGGCCUUGGAGAUUUCAAGCGUUCCGAAAUGCAGCUUCCAUCGACGGACCUUCGCCGAUGAUGAUGCCUUCUUUUGCCUCUACUCGGUUUGGUUAACAAAAAUCCAGUGCCAUGUACAACAGAGGGCAGCUCGUGUCGACUGCGGCGCGGCGGCUUGCCGCCGGUUCGAGGGGCGCUUUGCGACAGCGACAGUCCCCUCGAAUUAUCGGCGCAACAACAACAACAUGGCUGGCGCCGCCUGCGGUCGGCUGCUUUCACCUGUAUCCCGCCGUAGCCGCUCGGUUAUACUCCAACGGCAGGCCGCACCCGCCAGGCGGCAACUUUCGCAUGAACCUCGGAGGCGAGCCUGAAAAGCCGGCGCUGGAAGAGUACGGAAUCGACCUGACGGCAAAGGCGAAGGCCGGAAAGCUAGACCCUGUUAUUGGCCGGUCCGCCGAGAUCCAGCGGACGAUACAGAUUCUGUCGCGCCGGACGAAGAACAACCCGGUCCUGAUCGGAAGCGCGGGCGUUGGCAAGACCGCCGUUCUCGAAGGGCUGGCCCUGGAGAUCGUGCGGGGCGCCGUCCCCGAGAGCAUCAAGAACAAGAGGGUCAUUGCCCUGGACCUCGGCUCCCUCAUUGCUGGCGCGAAGUUCAGGGGUGACUUUGAAGAGCGGCUGAAGAAGGUGCUCACUGAAGUCCAGAAGGCGAAUGGGGAGGUCAUCCUCUUCAUUGACGAGCUCCAUACGCUCCUUGGGCUGGGGAAAGCCGAAGGCUCCAUUGACGCGUCCAACCUCCUCAAGCCGGCGCUUUCGAGAGGCGAGCUACAAUGCUGCGGCGCGACGACCCUCGCCGAGUACCGCCAGAUAGAGAAGGAUGUCGCACUGGCCCGGAGAUUCCAGCCAAUCCUCGUCAGCGAGCCGUCCGUACAAGACACGAUUAGCAUUCUCCGCGGCAUCAAGGACAAGUACGAGGUGCACCAUGGAGUCCGCAUAACCGACGGAGCCCUGGUCGCUGCUGCGACCUAUUCGAACCGCUACAUUACCGACCGCUUCCUGCCCGACAAGGCCAUCGACCUGAUGGACGAAGCGGCCAGCUCGCUCAGACUGCAGCAAGAGAGCAAGCCCGAGGAUAUCCUCCGCCUCGACCAGAAGAUCAUGACCAUUCAGAUCGAGCUCGAGAGUCUACGGAAAGAGAAAGACGUCGCCAGCAAAGAGCGGCGGGAGAAGCUCGAGGCCGACCUCAAGGCGUGUCAGGAGGAGGUGAAGGGCCUGACAGAGAAAUGGGAGCAGGAGAAGGCCGAGAUCGAUGCCAUCAAACGGACCCAAGCCGAGCUCGACAGGGCCCGGAUUGAGCUGGACCAGGCGCAGAGAGAGGGCAACUUUGCGAAGGCAUCCGAGCUGAGGUUCGGAACCAUCCCGGCCCUCGAGAAAAAGCUGCCCAAGGACGGCGACAAGCCGGCAGACGAGGGCACUUUGAUCCACGAUUCCGUCACCGCUGACGACAUCGCCAACGUCGUCUCGAGGAUCACCGGAAUCCCGGUAUCGAAGCUGACGAGCGGGCACACGGAGCGGCUGAUCCACAUGGAGGACAUCCUGCGGGAAUCCGUCCGCGGCCAAGACGAGGCCCUCAAGGCUGUUGCUGAUGCCGUCAGGAUGCAAAGAGCCGGACUCAGCGGCGAAAACCGGCCGCUCGCUUCCUUCUUCUUCCUCGGCCCUACCGGUGUUGGUAAGACCGAGCUGUGCAAGAAGCUCGCCGGCUUCCUGUUCUCCACUGAGUCCGCCGUCGUUCGCUUCGACAUGAGCGAGUUCCAGGAGAAGCACACCAUUUCUCGCCUCAUUGGCGCCCCUUCUGGCUACGUGGGCUACGAAGACGCUGGUCAGCUCACCGAGGCGGUGCGGCGGAAGCCCUACGCCGUCCUCCUCUUCGACGAGUUCGAAAAGGCGCACCGCGACAUCUCGGCCCUGCUGCUUCAAGUCUUGGAUGAAGGCUACCUUACCGACGCACAGGGCCACAAGGUCGACUUCAGGAAUACCAUCAUCGUUCUGACCUCGAACCUCGGCGCCGACAUCCUCGUGGGUGCCGACCCCAUCCAUCCGUACAAGGAAACCGAAGACGGCGACAUCCACCCGAGCGUGAAGCGGGCCGUCAUGGACGUCGUCGCGUCGCAGUACCCGCCCGAGUUCCUCAACCGCAUCGACUCGUUCAUCAUCUUCAAGCGCCUCUCCCUGCAGGCGCUGAGGGACAUUGUCAACAUCCGCCUCAAGGAGCUGCAGCAGCGCCUGGACGACCGCCGCAUCACCCUCGUCGCGCCGGACGACGUGCGCCAGUGGCUGGCCGAGAGGGGCUACGACCCCAAGUUCGGCGCCCGCCCGCUCAACCGUCUCAUCACGACGCAGAUCGGCAACGGCUUGGCGGACAAGAUCAUCCGCGGCGAGCUCAAGACGGGAGAGACGGCGGUCAUCGAGUUGAACGCGGACAAGAGCGGCUUGGUCGUCCGGAGCCAGCAGACAGCCGAGCAGCAGGCUUGAACGGAAGUCAUGUAAUUGAUGACGAUGAUCUAUUGUACAGUGUCGUAGCUGGGAAGGUUUGUAUCAUAUGCAUGUACGAAUCACCACUUGGCUUUAUUCAUCAUGUACGAAUCACCACUUGGUCUUAUAAGUUAGAGGACAGAGGAACACGGAGCGAGGGGGUUCUUCAGAGGGGUUCACGAGCUAGCAGCAUACGGCGUUCUACUUAGAAAUAUGUACAGCUAUGUCACGGUCAUAAAACAGAACGAUUGCAAUUUAACACCCGCACUUGACUACCUAUGUCUGGGCUAGAGAGAGGGCGUCUGCGUGCUCUUUGUCCUGCCCGUCCCAGGAGUGAUGAAUCAGGCGCCCACGCACCACCCAAUUUGGUAACGCUAUUGGAAGAAAGAG